AUGUGGGGAAAGCUUCUCUCAGUGUUCAAAGGCAAAGACUCCGAAGGGCAAGACUCCCGUCCAACCAAUCAACGACAUGCAUCCACACCUUCCGAUCCAUUUGGUGAUGAUGAGACCGAAAACACGAAUCCGCCAUCGAGCGAGGGACGAGAUGACCCGGGGGUCCGGCUCCAUCACAGUCUGGAACAGGCACUCGGGCGGGGUUCGCGAGACGAGGAUGCAAUUGACGCCGAGGACGACGACGAGGCGGAGGAAGUUCCCAGUCGCCACCAAACUCUAGAAGAGAACAUCGAGCUCGCCAGGGAAUUGUCGCAGGAACUGGAACACCAAGCUGAGGAGCUGAGGCGGUCAGCAAGCAGCAAAGACCACACAGGGGCUCGCUCAGACAAGUCCCAAUGA